GAAGAAUACCAUAAACCAGCGGCCUCACAAUUCUCCCACAUGCAACUAAGAUCGUUCCUCCAUAAGCAUACAGAUAAAACCCCCACCACAGAUGGAAGUCCCCCCAGUAUGACAGCAUGGGAACAAAAGACCACCAAAGGUGCAUGGACACCAGCGUUUAAACCACUCUCCUGGUGUUACCAGCUUCUCAGACCCGCACAACACUUUGCAGACUCUAACCCAGCCAG